AAUUAGUAAUGAAAUUAACAAAGAAAGAUAAAAACUGAGAGAAGCGAGAGGAAAUCAUGUAAGAUACCUGAGAUGGAGCUAGGCUGCUGGAGACGGAGCUGGGCUGCUGGACACGGAGCUAGGCUGCUAGAGACGGAGUUGGGUUGCUGGAGACGGAGCUGGGCUGCUGGACACGGAGCUGGGCUGCUGGACACGGAGCUAGGCUGCUGGAGACGGAGUUGGGUUGCUGGAGACAGAGCUGGCUCGGCUACUGGAGAUGAAGCUCGGUUGUUGGAGACGGGUGAACAGAGCUUGGCUACUGGAGAUGACGCUCGGUUGCUGGAGACGGGUGAAGAGAAACAAGAUGCAAGAUCUAGCCUUGCAGCACCGGUUCACCAAGUCCAAGAUCUAGGGCGCCAAUUCACAAAACAUGAAGGAGGAGCAGCAACAGCUGCACGCCCUGCACCACCGAUGAAGAGGGUCGGAUCGGAGGGCAAGGCUAUGUUCGCAAAUGAUGUUGUUGAGGACGGUGAGGCUUUUACUGGUAUUAGUGAUGUGGCACCACCACCUACUGUUGUGCAUACAUCAUCUGCCCAUGUGGUGCCUUUUAAGCUAACUGUUUGCAAAUCCACUGGAGGCAAGGCUUCGAGGAGACAACUUGUGACAGAGAUAGCGUUACUUUUGUUGAUGGAAUUUUGUGUUGAUGCCUCUACUCCUGGUGGUUGUGGUGAUAACAGUGAACCGAUUCCCCCUAUUCUUGCUCUUGAUGAUAGUGGUGAUGGCAAUGAGCCAGUUCCUCCUCCUGCUGAAGAAAGUUUGAUUGCUGAUAUUGAUGCAUCUAGAUUGAUAGCUCCAAAGGCAUUCAACCUUAUUAGGUUGGAAAGGAAGUCACGGGAAUAGCUACAUUGUGGACUGAUAAAGAAAGGGGGCCAAGUUAGCUACACCUAUCAAGACUUUCACUACAUAUUAUGGCAAACUACAUUUUAUAUAUUCUUCACUUCACGACUACUUCCAAUAACUGUUUUUAUAAUGGCUGCGUGACCUUGUUUGAAGGCAAAACCCCUUGUCAUGGAGUUGAUCAUGGAUCUGAUCAUUUUAUAGUGAUGGAUCAAAUUAUCAAAGUUCAUAUUCUUGAGAAACCAGUUCAACCAAAUAUAUACCAGGAGUGUUG